GCAGUGCAUGCUGGGGGGUGUAGUGCUUUCUCGCUCCUGCUGGGGCCCAAAUGGCGCGUUGCAUGCCGGGAAACUCACCUCCGGGUUUUCCCGGACUCGCUCGGUUGGGCUCAAGUUGCGGAGCCGCGUCGCCAUUGGCAGGCGCUUGGCCGGGGUGUGGGCGGCGAAGGCUCCGCGUGGGGUGCCCGAGACCAUGGAUGUGAAUCAGCCAAAGCAGGAGCAUCUGCUGGCUCUGAAAGUGAUGAGAUUAACCAAGCCUACAUUAUUCACCAAUAUUCCAGUGACUUGUGAAGAGCGAGACUUGCCAGGAGAGCUGUUUAAUCAACUCAUGAAAGAUGACCCUUCCACUGUAAAGGGAGCAGAAACUUUAAUGCUAGGAGAAAUGCUGACUUUGCCUCAGAACUUUGGAAAUAUAUUUCUGGGGGAGACUUUUUCCAGUUACAUUAGCGUACAUAAUGACAGUAACCAGGUUGUCAAGGACAUAUUGGUAAAGGCUGACCUCCAGACAAGCUCUCAGCGGUUAAACCUUUCAGCUUCCAGUGCUGCAGUGGCAGAACUUAAAUCUGACUGUUGCAUUGAUGAUGUUAUUCACCACGAAGUGAAGGAAAUAGGAACACAUAUAUUAGUAUGUGCAGUAAGUUAUACAACACAGACAGGAGAGAAGAUGUACUUCAGAAAGUUCUUCAAAUUCCAGGUUCUCAAACCACUAGAUGUGAAAACUAAGUUCUAUAAUGCUGAGAGUGACCUCAGUUCCGUGACAGACGAAGUAUUUCUGGAAGCUCAGAUUCAGAAUAUUACAACCUCUCCUAUGUUUAUGGAGAAGGUUUCAUUAGAGCCAUCUAUUAUGUACAAUGUAGCAGAACUAAAUACUAUCAACAAUGCUGGGGAAAGUGUCUCCACAUUUGGUUCAAGGACAUAUUUACAACCUAUGGAUACUCGUCAGUAUUUAUAUUGCUUAAAACCCAAGCAGGAAUUUGCAGAGAAAGCUGGAGUGAUUAAAGGUGUAACAGUAAUUGGAAAACUAGAUAUUGUAUGGAAGACGAACUUAGGAGAACGGGGAAGGUUGCAGACCAGCCAGCUUCAGAGAAUGGCCCCAGGUUAUGGUGACGUAAGACUUUCUUUGGAGACAAUACCAGAUACUGUGAAUCUGGAAGAGCCUUUUGACAUUACAUGUAAAAUAACAAAUUGCAGCAGUGAAAGAACUAUGGAUCUGGUUUUGGAAAUGUGCAAUACUAAUUCCAUUCACUGGUGUGGAGUUUCAGGAAGGCAGCUUGGAAAGCUACACCCCAGUUCAUCCCUCCAUCUUGCACUUACUCUGUUGUCUUCAGUACAGGGAUUACAAAGUGUCUCUGGCUUAAGACUAACAGACACGUUUUUGAAGAGAACAUAUGAGUAUGAUGAUAUUGCACAAGUCUGUGUAAUUUCUUCAAAAGUAAAAGAAGAACAUUGAAAAAAAAUCUUUUAACAAUUUUUCUUGGGUUUCUUGGACCAACUUCCUAAAUUUUACAUCUGAACAAUA